AUGAUUGACCUUGGCCUUGCCCGCAUAUCCCGCCUGGUGCCGGCCAGCUCGCUCGCCUGGAAGGCCAUCCACGUCGCCGGCACCAACGGCAAGGGAUCGAUAGCUGGCUACCUGUCGUCGCUGCUGACGGCCGGCGGGCUUCGCUGCGGCUCGUUCACCUCGCCGCACCUGGUCGACCGCUGGGACUGCAUCACCAUCAACGAGCGCGCGGUGCAGGAGUCGCUCUUCCGCCAUGUCGAGGAGCAGGUCAAGCGGCGGGACGCCAGCCUGGGAGUCGGCGCGACGGAGUUCGAGCUGCUGACGGCGACGGCCUUUGAGAUCUUUCGGCAGGAAGACGUCGACGUGGGCGUUGUCGAGGUCGGGAUGGGCGGCCGGCUGGACUCUACGAACAUACUGACGAGCGAGAGCGUGCUCGUCUCGGUGAUAGCCAACAUCGGGCUCGACCACCAGGCCAUCCUGGGCAGCACGCUGGCUGAAAUUGCCGCUGAGAAGGCCGGGAUCAUGAAGCCCGGGGUGCCGUGUGUCGUUGACGGGACCAACGAGGAGCAGGUCAAGAGCGUGAUCAGGCACCACGCGAGCAGGGCCAACACGACGGCCACCUUUGUCGAGCCGGACAGCAUCGUCUCUGCCUACCCGCAGCUCCGGCAGCGAUUCCACGACCUGGCGGCCCAGCCACACCAACGGUCGAACAUUUCGUGCGCCGUUGCUGCCUUGGAACAUGCUCUGCCGCGGCUGCGGGCAGACCUGAAGCCCACCGAUCUGCUCCCGUUUCUGCCUCUCAACCCGCGCGCCGGCAGGCUGCAGCUCGUCGAUCUCUGGCCCCUCAUACCUCGCCGUGACUCUCCUGUGCUGCUGGACGGUGCGCACAACCCGCAGUCGGCCAAAGUGCUGGCCUCCUACGUGGACCAGACCCUGCGCCGCCCGGAGGCAAACAUCACCUGGGUGAUCGCCGCGUCUCAGGGUAAAGACCUACCAGAGCUGUUUGGCAGCUUGCUCAGGCCGGGGGACAAUGUGGCAGCCGUUCAGUUCGGCCCUGUGGACGGCAUGCCCUGGGUCAGAAGUGUGCCCACCGCCGAACUGCUCGCAACGGCCAGGUCUAUCACCACCAGCAGCAGCCGUGGCACAACCACUCAGUUUGGACACGACAUCCCCCAGGCACUGCAGUGGGCACACCUCACCGCCGCUGACAACCCCAUCGUCAUUGCCGGCAGUCUCUAUCUUGUCUCUGAUGUCUUGCGUCUGCUCCGCCAGACAGCCGCUGCCGAAGCAGAAGAAGCAGCAGCAGCAUCAGACACCGCCGUGGCUCGCACCGCCGCCUCUGUAUAA